AUGAAGAGGGUUUUGAUUGAGAGAUACACGCUGGUCAUUUGCAACCGACAAAAUGUUCAGUUCAGUCGUAGAACCUACAAUGGCGCGGUCGUCAUGUCCAUCGCCUGCGGCGUCAUCGGCGGCCUCUUCUUUUUCAUCGACUUUUUCGAGCUCAUCCCCGGCUGCCUCUGCUACCCGAGCUCGAAACUCCUCGUUGUCAUCAUGGUCCUCGUUCCCGUUUGUUACUUCCAAGUUUGCUACGCCAUCCGGCUUUCUGCGUACUUCAACAACUUCGACCAAGAAAGAAAGGAUUUUGAGGAAGAGUGCCGAAGAGGACAGGCGGAAGACAUCGAUAAAUACAACAUCGAUCUUGUCAGAAUUCCAAUGUCGGGCAAAUACUUUGCACUGCUCCCUAUUCUACCAGCGCUGCUUAUUCACGUGGUUCAAAUGCUGAAUGUCUUCCUCUGCCUCUCCCGGAUCCCUGACCUCGUCGCCGGAAGCAACAGUACUCUCACAGCCCCGCGGCAAUGUUUCACCAGCAAAUUUCCUUCCAUCGAUGGCUGCGCGCCCGAGGGCGAGUGGGGCUUCUUCCGAGUUAUGGAAAGCAAUUUGCUGAUUUACUUUUGCGUCGCGUCCGUUGUUCUUGAAUUUCUCAAUGUUGGACUUCUUUGCGGGACAAUCUGGUUGGCUUUUCAGCGAAUGGCGAUUACUGGUUUUCACGAGCGAGGAAUCGUCGUCAUUUCGCAUCUUUUUUCGCUGAUGGCGACGUCGACUUGUUGCAUUUUGCUGCAAUUUAUUCUCAUCUGGCUCUUCAUGAAUGGAUAUUUGACUGUUACGCUGCUUGUUUUCCAAGUAAUGUACAUCCCAACCUUCUUCCUUUUCUUCGUCGAACGAACAAGUCUGAAGCGAAUCGCGGAUGUGACAGUAAAAGGCUUCGUCCGCCGAAAAUUCGUAGAAAUGAAAGCUCCACAAGCAACUCACAGCGCUGCGUUUUACGGAUCCGUCCAUAAUCGUGGCAAAGUCAGGUUGCCGAAGAGAAUUGAGGAGUUUAUUCCACAAAAGAACAUUGACCUUUUUUAUGUGAAGAAAAUGAACAUUGAAAAUCAACAACUUUGUCGACUUUCUGACACUUCUUAUGGAAUUCGAAUCAUGUCCGGCAAUUUCGUCGGCCAGCCGGUUUUCUGGUCCCUAACUUGGAAUGACGAAGAGAGAGAUCGUAUCAAACGAGAUCCGGUGAAUCGAAUCAAGUUGACAAAAAGCAUGUUCCAGAGCGCCAAAGCUUCGCGAAACAUCAACCAUCGGGCAUAUCUCCAUGUCAAGUACAUUUUUAUGGACGACUACGAUAUUCCUGUUUAUGUCUAUGAAGGCGUCGUCCAACAAUCAGUUCUAAGCUACUUGGUGGACCCGAAAAAUAAAGUCACCUACCGAAUGGUUUUUGGAUUCGUCACUGAACUUGUUUCCGCGAUGAAGGUUCUCUCGGAUUACGGAAUUGUCAUGCGAGAAUUACGAUGCUUGACGCUUAUGCUGACUCCUGAUCUUCAGGUGAAAAUUGCGUAUAUCAAGAGUAUCCGCGAAUUCGAAUACAUUCACGAACGACUCGGUGAUGAAUUAAUCCGAGACUUUAUGUACUGGCUUGCUCCAGAAACGCUGAGAGCGAUGGAGUUCACUUCGAAUUCCGAUGUCUGGUCCUUCGCUUGCACUGUUUGGGAGAUGUUCACUCGAGGCCAGACUCCCUAUGGCUACUGUCGCUGCUGGAAUGACAUUUUGACAUCGAUCGACAGGGGUCAGGUUCCUCCAAGACCGGAAAGUAUGAGCAGACAAGUCUACAAAGCCUUAACCCACUGCUGGAAGAUCAACACAACUUACCGCGCCGAGUUCGGGCAACUCCAGAAGCUUUUAGUCACGUAUCUGAACGAAACAAUGCAGGACUUGAGCGAGGAGAUUCCGAUGAUGCUGGACGAUGAUAUUAUUCUGCAAAUAUAA